AUGGGCCAGAGGCACAAUCGACGCCGCACUCGUCGUUCCUCAUACCGAACAAUCCAGAAAGAUACCACUGCCAUCAAUCACACCUCGAGUUCUCCAUUGGUCUCAACUUCCAUUUGGAGUCCAUCAACCAGCUAUUCGACUGCAUGCAAUCCACGUGGAUCUCCGGUCCCAGUACCCGCCCCAACCUGGCACUAUGGGUAUUCAGCAUGGCAGAUCCGUGAAACCGAACCGCAGGAAACUGGUGGAAUCGAGGCCGAGCAGUAUCGUCUAUUCGGUGGUGAACCAGGCGACGAUGUGAAUCUCUGUUAUCGUAUGCUGGAGUACUUCGGUGGUCUCGACUACAUCGACUCAGCACGACACAGGUCCAUCGGAGACUGAAGAUCAGGACUUUCCAAUUUCUUCUUUUUUGUUUCAGCCGGAAUUCCCCAGAAAAAGCAAAAUGAAA